AUGCGCGCGCGGAGUUUCGAGCAGCGCCCAGCCUCGGCGACGCUCGCUCACCGCGGGCGUAUCCGCUGUUCCGGGCGCGCCAGCCAUUGGCAGGCGCUGAAGUUCUGGAGUCGACGCGGCGAGCUCCUCCACGGCGGGGGCCCGCCGCCCAAGCGCCGCGCUCGCCAGGAGGCGGCGCGCUCUCAGCUGGAGCCAGCUGGCUCCUUCGCAGUCGCCGACAAGGAGAACGCUUCGGAGGGCCCCGACGGCAACCGCUGCGCGGACGGGCGGCGCAGCCUGGAGAUGGAAGCCUUCGCGGAAUUCGGAGAGUUGCGCCGGUGGGCUCCCAUGCGCGGCCCCGAGUGCCCGCAGGGUCAAGGUUCGCCGGGCGAGACCAGCGCGGCCAGCCUUGGCACGAGCGGACCGAUCGGCGGAUCGCGCGACGAGGCGAUCCAGGCCAUGGCCGGCGACCCCGACAUCGCGAAAGAAGGCGAGGCUCAAGAGGCGCAGUUCCAGGCCGCGGCCAUCGAGAGCUGCAGCCACGCGUUGGAGCGCGCGGAGGCGGGGCCGGCACCCCUGCGGGCCGAGCCGCGCCUGGCCUUUGCCCGACAGCCGGCGUCGCCCGCUCCGCUGUCCUCAAUGGACCCGCGUGGCGGGCCUCUGCCUGCACAGCGCGCGCCCGCGCCCGCGGCUACACGGUCGCUGUCAGUGCGCGCGGAGGUUGCGCGGCCGGUGCGCUACGUUUGCGGCACGCCGCUGACGCCGCACUCGCUGUCUCCCGUGCCGCCGUCGGUGAAGGCACCGUCGCCGGUGCGGGUUCGCCCCGCCCUGCCGCUGACGCCACGCCGCCUGCAGUCUCCUUCCCCGCCCUCGGUGCAGGUUCUGGGGCCGGCGCCGUCGGCCCGCACGCUGGAGAUCUCGCAGAAGCGGCGGCCUGGAUCCCCACCUGGCGCGGUCACCCACCUCGGGCAUCCGUCCAUGCCGCGGUCGCCCACCCUGGACACCUCCUGCACCACGCUGUCGCCCUCCUGUUCCUGGAGCCCCCUCACGACGCCGUCCAGGCACUCUGUCUUCGCGCCCGACGCCGAGGACGUCGUCGUCGCGGCCCCAGGCUCCAGCAGCGCCGGCGCCCUGCUCGCAGGCCAGGCCCCACGCGGCGGCAUGCCCUCCGCCGUGGCCCGUGGGCGCCUCUGCAGUUCGACGGCGCCCCCGCCCGUAGGGCUCUUCCUUGCCAGAGUGGUCCCCGCAACCACGGCCACAGCGCCUGCGGCGGCCGCCCGCGCCGUGACGCCCACAGCGCCUGCGGCGCGCGGGCCGCUGUCGGGUCAGGCGGGUGGGCCAGCCUCGGACGCGCGGGCACCUCCCGUGACGAGGCUAGCCUCGGCGAAGGACUCGACGGGCGCCAGCGAGGACGAGUCCGAUUUUCAGAGCACCGUCAUCGUGAGCUCCAGGAGGGCGUGGGCAGGGCCUGAGCCGGCGACGCGAGGGAUGCCGCUGCGUGACACGGCCUCCUCAGGCACGGCAGCGGACCGGUGGGGGACCGAGGCGCUGGCGACCGUCCCUGCCGACCCCGCCCAGGCCGAGCGAUGCAGCAUGCACGUCGAGUCCACAGGCAGAAGCGCCCCCGACAUGGAGGCCGACCUGAGUCGGGUGCAGGUUCUCUUCGUCGCGUGUCCUGGCGACCAGGGCCAUUGCUCUGGAGAGUACUGGCUUCAGCAGGGGAUGGCCAACGGCAUGCCGCUUUGGCGCCGAGCCGGGUCUGGCGAGGAGCGCUGGCUUUUCAGGUGGCGGAUCAACGGCCAUUGGGUCAUCGGCGGUGCUCCGCGCGGUGCCCCGCUCUUCUCCGAGGAUGACAUCUUCAAAUCGACCGUGGGUUUCGUCGACAGCGAGCGUGGCCCGUGCGUGAAGGUGUCCACUGAGGAGCCUGCAGCGACUGGGCCUGUGGCCCCGCCGCCGCGAACGACAGCACUGGCUCCAGUCCCGCCGGCGGCGGCCACCGCACCGCCGGGUACUGCGCUGGCGCCCGCAACCGCUGGGCCUGAAGAUACCGCGGCAGCGCCAGCCGCGGCGACUUCUUCGCCCCCGGCCGCGGCUGCGCCGCUCGCUGCCCCGCUGGCCUGCUUCGCGUCGCCCGUCGCCGUCCAGCCUCCCCAGACUCCGCGGCUGGGCCACGCCCGUGAGGCCGCCCCUGGCAGCCCGCAGCGCCUCGGCCCGAGCCUCUCGGAGUGGGCCGCUCUCUCGCAGGGCGGAGACUCGGGCGCGCCGGGCUCACACCGCAGGAUCGCGGAGAACUGCCAGAGAAGCGAGCAGAGGGCGUGGGCGGAGCGGGACGCCGCUCAGGCGCGGGCCGACCAGAGCGCGCUGCAGCUGCAGAGCGUCGAAGCCAGGUGCCGCGAGGCCGUGUCGGCGGCGGAGCGCGACCGCUUGGCGGCCCAGGAGCUGGAGGGCGCGCUGGAGCUCGAGCGUAGGCUGGCGGCGGAGGCGGUGGAGUCGCACAGCCUGGCAGAGGCGAGCCUGCGAGAGGCGGAAGGCCGCUCGCGCGAGAUGCUGGCCGACUACUGCCAGCUGCAGUCGUCGCUAGCCGGCGAGAGAGCGGAGUGCCGGGGCCUCCGCGGCCAGGUCGCCAGGAUGACGGAGGUGCUGCGUCGCCUCGGUGGCCCCGACGCCCCGCACGGUGGGGCGGCGCCCGCGCGGCCGCCCCGCAAGAGCGAGGCGUGCGAGGCGGAGGGCGAGGCAUUGUCCCUCAAGGAGGACAUCUGCCAGCUCGACGCUGUGGUCGGCGACGUGGCGCGGCAGCUGGAGGGACUGCUCCAGGCCCGCCCCGACCCAGGCGCCUGCCCGCGGCCGGCCCAGCAGGAGCUGGAGCAGGAGCUGGCCCAUGCCCAGGGCGACGGGCGCAGGCUCGCGGCCGAGCUCGAGGCGGCGCGGCUGCGUCAGCAGCUCGAGCUCGCCGAGGCCGCCGCCGCGGAGCUGCGGCGGGAGCUGGCCGAGGCUCGGACGAAGGCGGGCUGCGCGGAGGCGCUGGAGGCCGAGGCCUUGGCCAAGGCCUUGGCCGAGGCAGCCCGCUCCAGGGCCCUGGAGCAGGAGGUCGUCCAGGCCCGCGCCGAGGCUGCCCGCAUCGCGCGGGAGGCCGACGACGUCUCGCUCGAGGCGGCCCGCGCCAGGGGCCUCGCGCUCACGGGCCCGCCCACGCUGCUGGAGGAGGAGCGCCGCAUGCUGCUGGAGGACAUCCAGCGUUACGGCUGGACGUCCAAGUCGUGGAGGAUCAGAGCGGCUUCUCGAUGCUGCACUGGGCCGCCGCCGAGAACAACGUCGCCCUCUGCAGGCAGCUGGUGCAGUUCCGGGCGGACCUGCUCGCCCAGGACGACUUCGGCAGGACCCCGCUCCAGUGCGCCCGCGACGCCGGCCACGCGGGGGCGGCCGCGUCCCUGGCGGAGCUGCUCCCCCCAGCCACAGCAGCAUCGUCGCCCUCCUUCCGCGGGCCGUGGGGCCUCGCGGCGGAGGCGGCCAACAGUCCGCGGUCCGGGAGCCGCUCCGCGGGCGACCCGCGCUCCGAGCCGGGCGAGGCAGACCUGCCCCCGGGGCUGGAGCAGGUGGUGCGGCAGAUCGACCAGUGCGGCUGGCAGAACGUGCGCUGGGCGAAGGGCUUCACGGCGCUGCACAUGGCCGCGGCGCAGGGCUGCGCGGGCCUGUGCGCCCAGUUCCUGGCCCAGGGCGCGGAUCCGUGGGCGCAGGACGACUCGGGGAAGACUGCUCUCGACUACGCCCGGGAGUCCGGUUGCGCGGGCGCGCUCGCGCAGCUCGAAGGCCAGGCGUGGCGAGGCACAGCUUGUCUGAGCAGCGCGCCGCCAGUGUGACCCGGGCCCAGUCACGGCCCCAGCAGUGCUGCGGCGCUUUUUCUCCUACCAGGAAGUUGCGUCCACAUGACGCGGUCUACCUGAGCGAGAGUUGGAUACAAGCGUGGCCACAUGUAUUUCCAUUUCUUGGUAUGUGUUUAUAGACAUUGUUUGGCCGCUACAUGUAACCUGAGGAGGUAUUUCAUGAUGCCCCCUCUGAGCACUCGGCUGGCAAAUACACUCGUCCCUCCCCACCUCACCCUUCCCCCC